GAUACAAUAUAUGCCUCUCUAAAUCGCGAUCGAUAUGCUUAUCUUUCGUAUUUUCCGGGAGUACCGUAGUUCUCAGAACAUUGACACAUUACUUAUAUUGCGGAUGCGAAUGAGUUCUCUUUCUUCUUCUUGCAAGAUUCAGUUGAAGAAUGUCCUAUUCGACAAUUUGCUAUUCGCUCGCCGAUGUUGCAAAGUGCAACGGUAAAAACGGAGCGAGAACCUGGAUUAUCAUCCAUGACAACAUUUACGAUGUAACGGAUUAUAUGCAACAGCAUCCUGGUGGUCCAGAAUUAAUUGACGAAUACGCAGGAAAAGAUGCAACGAGUGGAUUUGAUGAAUUCGGACAUUCUUCAGAUGCGACAAAGAUGCUCAAAAAGUAUUUAAUCGGUGAACUUGAAGAUGAAGAUAAAAGAGUUAACAGAAUGAAGAAGCGCGCUGCUAACAGAAUAAAAACAAAAGGAGUGGAUAAGCAAAAACAAAGACCUUUCUUAAGGCUGAUCUGCGGCAAAUGCACGUGUUAAAGGACGCAUCGUAAAUAUCAAUUGCAUAAGUUAUUUUAAAUAUAUAAUUGUAUUUAUCACAUGUCAUCUAUGUUACUUUCGCUAUCUAAAUGUAGCAUCGUUUGUGACGUAUAUUGUAUUACUGAUAAGAAUCAUCAAAAUUAAAAACCGUCUUAUCGCUUGUACGUGA